GCUGCCUCCAUGUACGAGUAGUCUCACAUGGGACUCUAGGCUUGUGAGUGUCUUUACGCUACCUGUCGUGAAUAGACGCCGGCGACUUUGGACCCUCCUCCUUUCGCUUUUCUCCUCCCUCGUGGGACACUGUAUUGCGUGCAGCGAUGCCGGGAGUGAUGUGGACGCCGGAGCUGGCGCUUCUGAGGGGCUUCUCCACGGAGGCGGAGCGGCUGUUAUGGAAGCAGGAGGGCAUCUGUGGUUCAGAUGUUGGAGUUUUCUUAGAAUUGCUCUUAGAAGGGAGUUAUGAGGCCAUGUUCCUACAUUCAACGACACAAAAUAUUUUAAGUUCAACAGUGAUGGCUGAAGAAAAGAUUGACAGCUACCUGGAGAAGCAGAUAGUGAAUUUCCUGGAUUGCUCUACAGAUUUGGAAGAAAUUGAAAGACAGCAGCUGGUAUUCCUACUUGGUGUGAGCAGCUUACAGCUGUUUGUCCAGAGUAACUGGACUGGACCUCUUGUGGGCCUGCACCCUCAGGAUUUCUUGCCGUCUGUCCUGCUUGAGCAGUUCAGUGAG